CAACAUAACAUCCAGAGAGGCAUCGACAAAACUGGCUGUUAUAUUUUAUUUUUAUAUAUAUCAUAGUUAAACAAAAACACAAUGGCCUACGACUUAAAAAAGGAGUCUGACGUUAAGGAGUAUGUAGAGAAGCUGGGCGUUGAAUAUCGCUUUGGCUGCUAUUCGGAAAAGAAACCGGAAGUUUGCCAUCUUCUCGGUGAUUAUUUGGAGGGCAUUAAGAAGGACUUCGAGAAGGCAUCGAAAGUAUACAAAUCGACAUGUGACGAUUAUGGUUAUGCAAAAUCCUGCUAUAAAUAUGGCAACUAUAGCUUUCUGGGCAAGGGCAAAAGUGGCAGCAAAGGCGAACCGCGCGUCGCUUAUCAAUAUUAUGAGAAGGGCUGCAACCUAAAUGAUUCUGAUGCGUGUUUGCAUUCUGGCCUGUUGCUGGUUUCGCGCUCAAUGCCCAAAGAGAUUGACAGAAAUGUGCCCAAGGGCUUGCAGUUUCUAACAAAGAGUUGUGACAUGAACAAUGCUACCGCCUGCUUCUAUUUAUCCGGCAUGCACAUUUCGGGCGUACAAAAGAAGCCCGAGGAUGUGGCGGGCGGGGCCAGCGUUGUGCCGCCGAGCACAACUAAAUCGCCGAUAAAGGACACCGAUUACAUUGUGCUCAAGGAUAUGAAGAAGGCUUUUCAGUUUGCCUAUAAGGCGUGCGAGUUGCGUAACAUGUACGCCUGUGCAAAUCUUAGCCAAAUGUAUGCGCGCGGCGAUGGCAUCGAGAAGAACGAAAAGGAGGCGGAAAAAUACAAGAAGCUCGCCCUCGAAAUGCAGGAGGAGGUGAAGAAGCAACAGGAGACGCUGACCUUUCAGCAGGGUGUCGGCAUGCCAAACUGAUUAACAACAAUUAACUAAAACAACAACAACAAUACAUGCAUCAAAUAGUU